CAUAAAAUUUGGAUAUGGACACUAUAUAAUAUAAAAUAAAUGAUUAGAAACGAAUUAGGGGUAAAAUUUAGAAUAGCAUCCCUGGGUUUCAGGGAUAAAAUGGGUGUCACUGGAAAGGUGGUCACUAUAACGUUUCUGUAUAUUAAUUUUUUUAAUAUUUGUUGUAAAUAAGGCUUUAUUUUAAUUAUUUUAUUUUAGUUACAAUUCUCUGCAUUUGCACAAUAAAAGGGUUGCCAUGGUUAUUUUUUUUGAAGCGCGGCGCGGAAGUGAAGUGUUAGUAAGUGAAAAGUGCAUAAUAUAAGUGAAAAAGUUAUUCACAAUAUACAAAUUAUCAAUUCAAAAGUUGUCAAUUUUUUAACUUUAAAUGCAAAUAUCUUCAAAACUAUAAGUCGGCGGCAACUACCUAUAUACAUAUAUAUAUUUUCGUGAUCUGGAGAACAUCACCUUUCCAGUGAUACCCAUUUUACUCCCGAAAUCCGGAGAUGCUAUUCUAAAUACCAGCCCGAAUGAGUGAAACGUUAGUGGAUAAAAACAAUUCUUGUAGUUAUCACUACAUAUUAUAAAACAACAAACAAUUCUUGUAGUUAUCCCUACUUAUUAUAAAACAACAUUCUCGUUGUAAUUCACAAUGGACAAGCUGCAGUUCACAUUCACGGUGCUAUCUACUACAGAUGAACCAAAGACAUUAGUACUAUGCGUAACCAGCAUUGCCACUCCAGAUGGCCGAACUUUCGAAUUGCCUCCCAACUACCUCGAUUCAGCAUUUCACGAGGAAUUGAGAAAAACGUCGGCAUUUGCUAAGGUAAAGAAAUCGAUAAGUAAAAAAGGGCAAUAUAGGAAAGUUUGGAUUGAUUUAACUAAGGAAUUGAAGAAUGUGUAUCUAAAUGAAACAAAUAAUUUACAAUUCAAAGAUGUAUAUUUAGAAGAAAAAGAAGAGACUGAAAGUAAUAUUGUAAAUGGUUCAAAUCAAUCAUUGAUACAAGUAUUAGAAAAGUUGCUUGAGAAAAGACAAGAAAAAACUGAAGAAAAACAUGUCGGCAAAAUAGCUAAAGAAUUUACGAUUGAGAAAUUUAAUGGAAAGAAUUCAAAUGCAGGUCUGUGGAUGACUAGUUUUGAAACAGAAUGCGAAAGAUUUGAUGUAACUAAAGAUGAUAAACGAAUUGAACUCUUAAAAUCAUUUAUGGAGAAAGGUGCUACAGAUUGGUAUAGUUGCACUCUCUUGAAAUUAACUGUUAAAGCUUAGUACGCAGCUCUCAAGAAACGUAAAAACUUCAUAUAAAAAAACGCUUAAGAAACGGUCCAGAAACGUUCCUGCGAUAAAGUUACUUGUGCUAGUACGCAGCUCUUAAGAAAGCUAGUACUAAUUUUUAAUACUUUUUUUCAAUAAAAUGUGAAUAUGGCAAACCUGGUUUUGCGAAGAAACAUCAAAUCAACAAUUGUUUCUUGCAGGAAAUUCGAAGUAAUCGUCAAAUUCAUCCUAAAUUAGUUGAAAUCAUUAUUAUAAAGUAUGUUCCAUUUUGAAAUGUUGUAUAAAACCAACCAAUCAUCAACAACAUUCCUUAAAUCUCAAUGAAAAUAUUUGUGUUACCAUACACAUGCAUACAUACAUACAUACGCACAAAGUUUGUUUACUUUGUUUAUUCUCUCUUGCUCUUCUAAUGUGGAUCAUUCACAAUGCGUAACCAGCUGUCAAAAUUACUUGAGAAAUAAUGUAUUUUUGUUCUUGAGCAAUUACUUGAGAGCUGCGUACCAACCUUAACGCACGUUGGGUCGGUUGGAGAAAUAAUUUUUGUGAUACAUUUGCAAAUAAGGGAUGGUUUUCAAUAAGAUAUGCAAUGCAAUUUAAAUAUCAGACUAGUACUCUUCUAGAAUAUGCAAUAAAAAAAGAAAAAUUGUUAUUAGAAGUAAGAAAAUCUAUUGAUAUUGGGACAUUUAUUUUUUUAUUUUAUUUUAUUUUAUUUUAUUAAAGCUUACAUAAUAAACAAA